UGGGCGUGAGGGAAAUCGCGCACGCCAUCCGGGAAGGGGACCAGGAAAUCACUUCUUGUUUUUGAAACAACAGCAGGCUCUGCGGAAUGGCUCUGUGAGGCUCGGAGCACAGGGCAGGGAGGCACCGGCAGGAGGGACACCGAGCUUGGCGGCAGCUGCCUGAGCCUCGCAAUGAGUCCUGUUCGGCUCUUUCUUCAGCCGUGAGGCCUUCAAGGAGGCCGAAGGGCAAAUGGCCUCCUAGUGGAAACCGGGAAGCGUUGAGGCGUCUUUUGCAGCAGGAGCGGGUCUGGGGACUUCAGUGCUGGCCAGGCAAAGCAACUCAAACUUGAAGAAAUGAAACCUCCAGGGAGAACCACAUUGUGCUUCGUGAUCCUUGUGAUUUAUUCUUCCCAAGUCACAGCGACCUGGAAUAUAGAGUCUACCAUUCAUCCUUUGAAUCUCCAGGAGCAUGAACUAGCAGGGGAGGAGCCACUGAGGCAGAAACGAGCGGUUGCCACGAGUCAUCCUACAGCGAAAGAGUACACUGUUGAUAUUGAGAUCAGUUUUGAAAAUGCCUCCUUCCUGGAUCCUAUCAAAGCUUACCUGAACAGCCUCAGUUUCCCAAUUCAAGGCAAUGACACUGACCCCGCUGCCAACAUUUUGAGCAUAGAGGUGACAACAGUCUGCAGACCUACUGGAAAUGAAAUCUGGUGCUCCUGUGAGUCAGGCUACAGGUGGCCUCGGGAACAGUGCCUUCACAAUCUCACUUGUCAAGAGCAUGACAACGCCCCUGCAGGGCGUUGCAAUUGCCUUAAAGGGCUGCCUCCCAAUGGACCUUUUUGCCAGCUCCAGAGAGACAUAACCCUGAGAAUGUCAGUCAGACUCAACGUGGGCUUUCAAGAGGACCUCAGGAACACCUCCUCUGCCCUCUAUAGGUCCUACAAGACUGACUUGGAAACAGCGUUCCGGAAAGGUUACAGCAUUUUACCUGGCUUCAAAUUGGUGACUGUGACCGGGUUCAGGCCCGGAAGUGUGGUUGUGGCAUAUGAAAUCAGAACUACAACACCAUCCCCUGGAGUAAUGCACAGAGCGAAUGAGCUGGUCACACAGAACCUCAAUCAGACCUACAAAAUGGACUUCACUUCCUUCCAAGCAGUGACUAGUAAUGAAACCAGGUUCUUUGUCACACCAGAAAUCAUCUUUGAAGGGGAUACGGUAACUCUGGUGUGCGAAAAUGACGUUCUGUCCUCCAACGUGUCCUGGCACCACGUGGGGAAGCACGCCAACAUCCAGAACGGCAGCCGGUUCUGGGUGUACACCACCGUGCUCAACAAUCUGACCUCCGUGUCACGCCUCACCGUGUUCAACAUCACCCUGGGGGACGCGGGUGAAUAUAUUUGCAAACUGACCAUGGAUAUUUUUGAAUAUGAGUCCAGAAAAAAGAUUAAUGUGACCCCCAUCCGAAUUUUUGCAAGUGAAGACAUGAAGGUGACGUGUGACAACAGUCCCGUGUCCCUGAACUGCUGCAGUGAGAUCAAUGUGAACUGGAGCAAAGUGGAAUGGAAGCAGGAGGGGGAGAUCACCAUUCCAGGAAACUCUGAAGCAGAAUCAGAUUCCAGCUGCAGCAGGUACACCCUCAAGGCUGACGGGAGUCAGUGUCCCAGCGGGUCGGCCGGAAGGACAGUCACCUACACGUGUGAGUUCAUCAGCUUCCACGGAGCCCGAGGCAGUAAGAACAUAGAAGUGACAUUCACAUCUGUGGGAGAUAAAUCCAGCCACAAAGGGGAAGUGAAGGAGCUCCUGAGGCAUGUGAUGGAAAUGAGUACAGUUCAGAGCACCACCAGGAUCAGCCUAGAAACAAAUAAAGCGCAGGAGCAGCAAGCCAACUUAACAAUAACCCCGGACCCAAUUUCUGUUUCUGAGGGACAAAACUUUUCUAUAAAGUGCAUCAGUGAUGUGAGUAACUAUGAUGAGGUGUAUUGGAAAACUUCCGCUGGAAUUAAAAUACACCAAAGGUUUUACACCACCAGGAGGUAUGCUGAUAAAGCGGAGUCAGUGCUGACGGUGAGGAGCUCCACAAGGGAGUGGAACGGAACCUAUCAAUGCAUAUUUAGAUAUAGGAAUUCAUACAGUGUCACCACCAAAGAUGUCACUGUUCACCCGCUGCCUCAAGAGUCGAACAUCAUGGUUGAUCCUUUGGAAGCUUCAAUCCCAUGCACAGGGUCCCAUCACUUCAGGUGCUGCGUGGAGGAGGAUGAAGACUACAAAGUCACUUUCCAAGUGGACACCCUGACCUUUCCUGCUGCAAAAGAAGUUCAUGGAAAGCAAGCGUGCUACACAUUCAAUUUCAUGGCAAAAUCAAUAGUUUCCUGGUGUCCAAGACAUGUCAGCGUGUUCUGCCACUUCACCAAUGCUGCUAAUAAUUCAGUCCGGAGUCGGUCUAUGAAGCUGAAUCUGGUGCCUGGAGAAAACAUCACAUGUCGAGAUCCCAUAAUAGGUGUGGGGGAGCCUGGGAAAGUGAUCCCGAAGCUCUGCCGGUUCUCGAACCUGUCCAGCAGCCCCGCGAGUCCUGUUGGUGGGGUGGUGACCUACAAAUGUGUGGGCUCCCAAUGGGAGGUGAAGAAAAGCGACUGCAUCUCUGCCCCAAUAAACAGUCUGCUCCAGCUGGCCAAGGCUUUGAGCAAGAGCCCCUCUCAGGACAAGAAGCUGCCUACAUACCUGAAGGACCUUUCUGUCAGCACAGACAAGGUGGCACAUGAAGUCAGUUCUCCGGGGAACCUGGGAGCCAUUGUCAACAUCCUUGAUUUGCUCUCAACAGUUCCGAUCCAAGUGAAUUCAGAAAUGAUGACGAACUUUCUCUCUACGGUCAAUGUCAUUCUCGACAAGCCCAUCCUGAGUACGUGGAAGGUGUUACAACAGCAACAGACCAAUCACAGCUCACAGCUACUAGAUUCGGUGGAAAGAUUUUCCCGAGCAUUACGGUCAGAAGAUAGCGCCGUUUUGCCCAUCUCCCACACUAACGUGCAGAUGAGGGGCAUGGUAAUAAAAUCUGGCUCUCCAAAACCCUACAAACAGAGGUUUGUUUUCUCAGACUCCGACCUCUGGGGCAAUGUGGCUAUUGACGAGUGCCAUGUGGAGAACCUGCAGCCAGACACAUCUAUUGUCACCGUGGCUUUCCCAACUCUCAAAACCAUCCUCGCCCAGGAUACUCAGGGGAAGAAUUUUGCCAACAGCUUAGUGAUGACAACCACUGUCAGCCACAAAAUAACUGCUCCGUUCAGGAUUUCAAUGACUUUUAAGAACAACAAGUCCUUAGGUGGGAAACCACAAUGUGUCUUCUGGAACUUCAGCCUCGCCAACUAUACAGGAGGGUGGGAUAGCAGUGGGUGCUAUACGAAAGUCGAUGGGGACAGUGUCGUGUGCAGCUGUGACCACCUAACAUCAUUCUCCAUCCUCAUGUCUCCUGACUCCCCGGACCCUGAUUCUCUCCUGAAAAUACUGCUGGAUAUCAUUUCCUACAUUGGGUUGUGCUUUUCCAUCCUGAGCUUAGCAGCCUGUCUAGUUGUGGAAGCUGUGGUGUGGAAGUCAGUGACCAAGAAUCGGACUUCCUAUAUGCGUCACAUCUGCAUAGUGAACAUUGCAGCCUCCCUUCUGGUUGCUGACGUCUGGUUCAUUGUGGCCUCCACCAUCCGGGACCAUCACUACGUACUCAAUGAGACAGCUUGUGUGGCUGCCACCUUCUUCAUCCACUUCUUCUACCUCAGCGUCUUUUUCUGGAUGCUGACUCUGGGCCUCAUGCUCUUCUACCGCCUGGUUUUCAUCCUGCAUGAUUCAAGCAAAUCCAUUCAGAAGGUUAUUGCAUUUUCUCUCGGCUAUGGCUGCCCUCUUAUCAUCUCAGUCAUCACAGUGGGUGCCACUCAGCCUAGGGAAGUCUACACGCGGAAGAAUGCCUGUUGGCUCAACUGGGAGGAUACCAAGGCUCUGUUGGCCUUCGUCAUCCCAGCGCUGAUCAUCGUGGUGGUAAACAUGACCAUCACGGUUGUGGUCAUCACCAAGAUCCUGAGACCUUCCAUUGGAGACAAGCCCAACAAGCAGGAGAAGAACAGCCUGUUUCAGAUCACCAAGAGCAUUGGGGUCCUCACGCCACUCUUGGGGCUCACCUGGGGUUUUGGCCUCGCCACUGUGUUCCAGGGAAGCAGUGCUGUGUUCCAUAUUGUGUUUACCCUCCUCAAUGCCUUCCAGGGACUAUUCAUUCUGCUCUUUGGGUGCCUCUGGGACCAGAAGGUACAGGAAGCUUUGCUGAAAAAGUUUUCUCUGUCAAGAUGGUCUUCACAGCACUCAAAGUCAACAUCCCUAGGUUCCUCGACACCUGUAUUUUCUAUGAGUUCUCCGAUAUCAAGAAGAUUUAACAAUUUGUUUGGUAAAACAGCAGCCCCACAGGGGCCCCCAAGCAGUGAUGGAAACCUUGUUAGCAGUGGCAGUUCACCAAUCUGAUGGAACCUACAAUGUUUCCACCCCGGAAACAACCAGCUCAUCCUUGGAAAACACAUCCAGUGCUUAUUCGUUGCUCAACUAAGAACAAGAGAAUCCAACCCAUGUGACUCUUGGGAACAGUGGCUGUGCUCUGAGAAAGAGAUAUUUUCAAAGCCCUGGGAAACACAUUCUCUCCACAGGCUUCUGGGAGCUGAUGCCGAAGAGACCUUUUCAGUAGGGAAGAGCCUUUCUUGUGUAAAGAGGGACAAAAAGUAAUUGUUCCAUUUCUUUUGCUGCCCCACCCCCACCCUUUGUGUGAUACCAAAUGUGUAUAGUAUUUAAGUGAAACUCAACUUUCCCAAAGCCCAACUAUCUGUCUAUAUUGUAAAAUAGAAUUUCAAAGAGACAUUUUCACUCUUCACAUGUUGGCCACAAAGAUAAGCUUUCAUUAAAAUAAGAUGUAAUAAUGCUAGUACCUAGGAAAUACUUUAGUGGAUUCAAGAAAGGAAGGAAAAGAAGGAAAGAAGGAAGGAAGGAAGGAAGGAAGGAAGGAAGGAAGGAAGGAAGGAAGGAAGGAAGGAAGGAAGGAAGGGAAAAAUAGAGAGAAACAACAUUAAGAACCACAUUUUAAGAUUUCCAUGUUCAUGAUCCAACACAAUUGCUAGACAAUACAACACUGAGAAUUAAGAGGUGGCUCAAAAAUGGAAACUAAAAGAAAGCCAUGGAAAAAGUUUAAUACCUCCCUGGUAUUUUCUUAGCAAAGAGAAGGGGGAAAAAGAAGUGGGGGGGAAAUAGAGAGUAAAUUACAUCAUCAGGAUUCUUUCAAGUGGAUAAUAAUAUUGACCAGAAAUUGCAUGGGAGGAGACAUGAUCCUACAUAUCUAGUUUUUUUGCAUUUAAGGUUUGAGCUAAGUGGAAUGAAUAUGCAAAGGAAGUGUGAUAAGCAUCCUUUAUCUGAUCCAAGCAAGACCAACUGCUGAUUAUAUUUUUAUAGUUUAUAGUUUUUUUUUAUAGCUUAUCAGAAAAGCUUUAUGUUUUGGUUUGUUCCACAUUUUGAAAGCAAAAGAAAAAAAAAUGCGUAUUUUUUUUAUCCAUUAAUUGCCAAAUGUGAUACAUUGCGCUGCAAACAGAUCCCAACUGUCAUAUAUUAUAUGGAACGGCUUCCAGGUACUUCUCUGCGCAUGACAGACUAGAUUUUAAUGACCUACGGCACUGUAUAUCACUGUCGUUGCCACUGCGGACCUAGUGGGCUUUGGUGUGUUGUGCGGCUCUCUAUGUAUUAGCGCUCUCAGUCUUUAAGUCUCCAGACCAAUAUACAUGUAGAGCUCUGUACAGUGUAACUUGUGUUCAUUCCAACCACUUGGAAAUCUUCCGGAAAGUUCUACCGCUGCCUAGUCCAAGCUCUCACUGGCACGUCCCCUUGAUGAACAGAUGGUGGAGGUUUCCCCAAGAAUUGGAUUAUUUGUGAUUUGUGUGUGUCCGUGCCUUUCAUACAAAUACAAAUAUUUAUUAAAUUUGCAUCCGUAUUAAAGUGAGCCAUGUGCUGCAGCUACAGCAACCAUAUAUUCCAACCAAAGUCAUCAUGAGACAAUAAAAUGUGGGACUACCUGGGAAAUGGGGGCCAGGCGCUCCUCAUUCAGACCAAGGACCUGCCCACCAGGAAGAUAGGACAAAAGGGGCUGAAUGCAACAACCAUUAGUUUAUCAAGGUUCGAAAGAGUUUUCUUUUAAAAUUUUAACUCAUUAAAAAUCUCUUUCUUUUAAUUCUAAA